UAUUCUCCUCUCCUUCUUCGUUCUUCGCUCCCAUUAUAUACCGCCCCUCUUCACUCUCCGCCGCUCAUUUACGCUCUGCUCAGCCCAUACUAGCGCAGCAAUUCACGAUUUCUCCAUUGGCUCAAGCUCUCCGCACUCCGCUGCUGUUUUUUUUUGCGGUAUAUAUUCGUUUUUGUUAUUAAUUUUUGUGUGGAGAUGAAAUUCGGGAAGAGUUUGAGCAAUCAGAUUGAAGAGACGUUGCCGGAAUGGAGGGACAAGUUUCUGUCCUACAAGGAGCUGAAGAAGCGCCUCAAGCUAAUCGAGCCGAAGGCGCAGGGCGGGGACGAGGAGAGGCCGGGUAAGAGGAGGAGAAUGGACGACGGUUCCGCGGAGAAGGAAGGAAUGACGGAGGAAGAGGCGGAUUUCGUUAAAUUGCUGGAGGACGAGCUCGAGAAAUUUAACGCCUUCUUUGUUGAGAAAGAGGAGGAGUAUAUCAUUAGAUUGAAGGAACUUCAGGAUAGAGUUGCCAGAGCAAAGGAUCGCAAAGACGUGAUGAUUAAGAUCAGGAAAGAAAUUGUCGAUUUCCACGGGGAGAUGGUUUUGCUGGAGAAUUACAGCGCCCUUAACUAUACUGGAUUAGUCAAAAUAUUGAAGAAAUACGACAAGAGAACCGGCGCACUCCUCCGGCUACCCUUCAUCCAGAAGGUUCUGCAGCAGCCCUUCUUCACCACCGAUUUACUCUACAAGCUCGUAAAACAGUGCGAGAGGAUGCUCGACCAGAUGUUCCCAUCAAUCAGCACCGCCGCCGGAUCGAGCGCUGAAAUUACCAACGAGCCCUCCACGAGCUCAAUGCACGAUGACAGCCUGAUCAAAGACCCAAAAGAGCUAGCCGAGAUAGAGUACAUGAAGAACCUCUACAUGAAGAGCACUUUAGCGGCGCUUCGGGUUUUGAAAGAGAUUCGCAGCGGGAGCUCGACUGUUAGCGCAUUUUCAUUGCCGCCAUUGCAUGUCCCCGGCUUGGAAGAAACGUGGAAUAAAAUGUCGGUUCUCGAACAAGUUGCUAAGUAGAUCGAUCGAUCCCGUCGCGGGGGCAAAUUGGUCUUUUAUAUUCUUUUUUGGUUAUGAAUCGGUCCUCGUCCUUUGAAGUUGAUUUUUGCUUGUUCAGGCAUGUAUACUAAUAGUCUGAUACACUAUUAUAUACAGUAUAUACUAACAAGGUCUUUAUAUAGAAAUUUUUAGUUUUCGAAAAA